ACAUCCACAAGCUGUUGACACAUGAUACGAAUCGUCGCGCGUGCGUCAGACAUCACUCCUGAGGAUUUGUAAAAUUUUCUUAAAAACCAAAGACGAGGUUCAGGAUGCUGUUUACAUGUUUGGCGUUAAUUGCUGUGCUCCAUCCAGCGGUUCACGUGGUGCACGCUCAAGGUCAGUCGUGCACCACGCCGAAUCAACAGCCAGGCGUGUGCAUCAACAUCAAAGUCUGCGAGCCCCUGAAGAACCUUUUGCAAACGCAAGGUCUAGCUGCCGGUGAUUUUCUAAGGCAAUCGUUGUGCUCGUACGUGAACCGCGAGGCGAUCGUUUGCUGCCCUGGGGAUCAAGGGAGAGACAGCAAAAAAGUGAAGGAACAUUCCUACGGACCGUUGUAUCCUCCACAAUGUGGUUUCAGCAACAGCAGCCACACAAAGGUGGUCGGUGGCGUGCCAGCAGAGCUCGGUGCAUGGCCCUGGAUCGCCGCUCUAGGGUUCCGCAACAACGCAAACCCUUCGCAGCCGUUAUGGCUAUGCGGUGGUUCCCUGAUAUCCGCCAGACACGUUCUAACAGCCGCGCAUUGCGCAGUUCGCAAGGAUUUGUACGUGGUUCGUAUCGGUGAUUUACUUUUGCGAGACGACAACGACGGAGCACAUCCGGUGCAACUCGAAAUCGAAAGCAAGAUACUCCAUCCUCAAUACCGUGCCUCUGAAUUUGUGAACGAUAUCGCUGUGCUUAGAUUGGUCGAGGAUGUGCCACUUUCAGAUUACGUGUAUCCGAUUUGUCUACCUGUGGAGGAUAACCUUCGAAACAACGAUUUCUACCGGUAUUUCCCCUUCCUUGCCGGGUGGGGAUCGGUUGGAUUCAGAGAACGUGCUAGCGACGCUCUCCUAGAAAUUCAAGUACCUGUAGUCAGCACUGAUUCCUGCAAACGAGCUUAUUCCGCGUUCGCAAAUUCGGUCAUCGACCAUCGAAUAUUAUGCGCUGGAUACGGACGUGGUGGCAAAGAUGCCUGUCAGGGUGACAGCGGAGGACCGUUGAUGUUACCAAAGGCAUCGACGUUCUAUCAAAUUGGUGUGGUGUCCUACGGUUACAGAUGCGCCGAACCAGGAUAUCCUGGUGUCUACACCAGAGUCACCGAGUUCCUCGAUUUCAUUAUCUCGUCGUUGCAAUAACGCGAUACAGAGAGUGGCUUUCCACCAGUACACACGCUUUUCAUGUACCACGUGGAAAAUAUGUCGAAGUCCGUUUGUCGUUCAGACAAGAGGGCGGAACUCUAAUUUCCAGUAUUUUCUAUACCACGCUAUAUACGGGUUUUAAAAAGGCACGCUUCGAACUUGCAACGUUUUGUACAGAGAAAAGGAUGAACAAAGAAUACUCUUGAUAUAACCUUUCUUCUUGUCUCUUUCCUUCAAUGUGAAUUGUAAGAAAUUCUCUUGAAAUUUGAUUUUUCCAAGUAUCGAGGGGAUUAGUUAGCUAUUCUCUUCAGAACACAUACACCAUGUACAAAGUUCUCAAGUACUUCGCCGCGUUUUAUAAAAUAGAGAAGUUGCCGGAAGUUUGGCAACAUAGGGCGCAUAAAGUACAAGAUAAGACUCACAUCUUUCGAAACUAUCUUUUAUUCAUCGAGAAGUUUCCCUCUAUACCGUUGAAUCGUUUCAAUUUCUCUCUCUCUCUCUCUCUCUCCUAUUUUCCUGUUUUCAGUUGCAAAUUCACAUUGGCUCUAUCUUUAGUUGCAAUUGUACACUUGACGGCAAAACAAAUGAAAUACCACGUUGAAGGAAAAAGAUAGAAGA